CACCUGGCAGCGAGGCAGGUUCCCAGGCUGCACGCAAGGGGCAAUGAAAGCAGUACUUUGCCGCCGCUGGACUUCCGGACGUGCCUAGGACUCCAUUUGCUCCUCACAAACUUGUUAUGCUGAGCAUACCCUUUUGCCCAUCUCUUACCUUCCGGCUCGUUCUACAUCACACGCAGACCGACCUCUUUCACCAUCACAUUGCACCCUGCACAUGGCACCACCUUGCUCUUCUGUCUCCCGAGGCAUGUGGCCCGCACCUCCACCCCUCUCUCCCCCGCUACAAUCCCCCUUGCAGUGUAUCACAUUACACGUAUGAGCUAUUCUUCUCGCAGGGACCAAGUACGCCAAGAAGAAGGCUGCAUCUGACCCUCGCUACUGCUCAUCCCGCUCCACCACAUUUCCGCGAUUGGGCAGCUCCUAUCACAUGCUAUCUUGAUCUUUUCGCCAUACACGGGCAUACAGACGUGCUGAUCCGUCCUUGCAGUGGUGCAUCAUCAUCAUCAUCACACCCAUCGAUCCAAUUGUGCCUCUGCCUCACUCUAAGGCACCAGGAAAAUCAACGCCAGCACAUCUCUUCUCAUCGUCUCGGCAAGACGCCGCCUUCGGCAUUUGAAUUGGGACGUGCAGUAAGGGUCUCAGAUUAGCACCUCCUUGCCACACUCGCUUGCCUCUGCCAACAAG